AUGUCCAUCAAAUCAGACUUCAACAGCAAGCUGUGGACAGACAUUCGGUGUCCAGAGUGUCGCGAGCUUCUGGAAUACGUCGACAUUCAGAAGUACGCAGAUGAGGAAACCUUUGCCCGGUACGAGGCUCUGGCCCUCCGAGCGGCCAUGGCCGAGGCCGAUAGAUUUAUCUGGUGCACAGCAAACUGCGGCUCCGGUCAGCUCCACGACGUGGAAGGUCAGCCCAAGGUGACUUGCUUACACUGCGGCCAGCGCUCUUGCUUUAAUCACAACGUCGUGUGGCACGAAAAUCUGACAUGCGAGGAAUAUGAUGCGUUGCUACGAGAUCCCGAGAACUUUCGCUCCCGUAUCGAGAUGGAAUACGAGGAACUGGACUCGGCGAGACAGGCCCUGGAGGAUGCCGACCGCGCCGUGGCCCAGGGCCUCAUGGCGGAGCAGCAGGCAGAGGUACAUGAACGUGAGAGCAAGGAACGCGACGAAAGGGAACGGGCACGCAGAGCAGUGGCCCUAGCCAGGAAAGUUGCUGCCCGGCGCAAAGCUGAAGAAGAACAGAGUCGGAUAACUGUGGACCAAACGACAAAACCGUGCCCUGGAUGUGGUUGGGCCAUUGAGAAGAACUCUGGUUGUCGCCUCGUUCCUGUCCCUGGAAUGGUGCUACACUGUAACCUGGCGCAAACCUAUGCUCACAUUAUCAUAGGCAUCAAGUGCCGCUACGAAUUCUGCUGGGGCUGUUACACUACCUGGGAACAGACGCACAGCGUCCGGUGCCGAGGCAUUGCGUCUCUAGUGUAG